ACCAUGCACCGUCAUUCUUUCUUAUAUAUCAUACAUAUCCUUUCCACCACCUUAAUAAUAUUCUCAUUCUCAUCAGUUUCAGUGAAGAAUUGAAUUGAAUAAACACAAACAUAAAUAUCCAAGGUUUUGUUUUGAUUGGCAGAAGAUCUUGUUUAGUUUCCGAUCAUGGCACAGACAGUGGGAAGAAACGUGGCGGCGCCAUUGUUGUUUCUUAACUUGGUUAUGUAUUUCAUAACCUUAGGGUUUGCUAGUUGGUGUCUCAAUAAGCUCAUUAACCGCCAGACCAACCACCCAAGUUUUGGUGGUAACGGUACGACGGAGUUCUUUCUGGAGUUCGCUAUCUUGGCUUCGGUUCUUGGAAUUGUUUCUAAGUUCGCAGGUGGCAACCACCUUAGGGCGUGGAGGAAUGAUAGUCUUGCUGCGGCUGGUUCGACUUCUCUAGUGGCGUGGGCCGUCACUGUUCUUGCUUUCGGGUUGGCAUGCAAGGAGAUAAAUGUAGGAGGGCAUAGAGGGUGGAGGUUGAGGAUUGUGGAGGCAUUGAUCAUCAUUUUGACAGUAACCGAGCUGCUAUACGUUCUGUUGGUGCAUGCCGGACUUUACAGCAGCCGCUACGGGCCGGGAUACCGCGACACAGACUACGGAAUGGGAACACACCCGCCGGACACCGGUGUUAAAGGAACCACUGGGGUGGGUGCUGGUGGCACUAGGGUUUGAGGAGGCUUUGUAUGUGUAAUAAAGGGUUUGUGAUGGUGUUGAUGAUGUUGGGUUUGCUUUCGGUUUUUUACUUUUGUUUUGUUUUGGUAUGGAUUAUGUAUGUUUCUUAUUUAUCGACAAAAUGUGGACUUUCUUUUAUACAAUGGUUUAGCUUGUGAAAAUAUUAACAUCUAA